GUGCGUGACAUUUUCGAACCUCAGAAUCCCCAAAUCUGCUUUCGAGGAAGAAUCCAGAAAUCACUAACGCCGAGGCGCCGACUGGAUCUGCCGCCGUUCGUGGUGCUCCCCGUCGCCGGAGGCAAUGGAGAGUCCCAACUCCGGCAUCCCCAUCAAGGCUGAACAAGAUUCUGAUGGCUCAGCCCAAAGCACCGCUGAUAUGACUGCUUUUGUGCAAAAUCUUCUGAUGCAGAUGCAAACCAGGUUCCAAGCUAUGUCGGAGAACAUCAUUUCAAAGAUAGAUGAGAUGGGUAUGAGAAUAGAUGAAUUGGAGCAGAGCAUCAAUGACCUCAAGGCUGAGAUGGGCAGCGAUGGAGUGACGACACUGUCUAAGACAAAAGAUGAAGGGUCAAAACCUGCAGACAGUUCUGCAUGAACGCAGGACAGCAGAAGCAGAUGAUUCGUAUCAUACACCAAUGCUGUAUUGGUAUCUUAGGCAUUCGUCACUAACAAAUAUCUGUUAUGAGGUCUCAUAUGAGAGAAGGUUGUUACUGAUGUGAUAUUUCUGAUGCUUUGUCGGUUUGCUAUGAUUUUUCUGUAAACUGUACUCAUCUUCGUUCUCUGUGGACCUGUUGGUGCUUAUGUACAAAGCAUGUGCAUGCAUGCCAUGUCAGCUGCUAGAACGCUAGUAAAGAUUUAUUUAGCUUCUGGUGUUUGUGACAAGUA